AUGGCCGAAUACUGGAAGUCAGCGCCUCGUCACUGGUGCAAGCAGUGCAAGAUCUUUAUUCGCGACACGCCCUUCGAAAAGACCCAACAUGAAGCUAGCCCGAAACACCAAGGCAGCUUGAAGCGAUUCCUCCGAGAUAUCCACAAAAAUAAUGAAAUUCAACAAAGAGAUAGCCAACGUGCGAGGAGCGAAGUUGAAAGAUUACGACAAGCUGUCGGGGGCGGAUCCUCUACGGCGAAAGAUGCCACUCCGACACACACAGCACCGCCGGCACCAAAGCCUAGCGACAGAUCGGCCAGCAUAGAAGAUCGGAAGAAACAGAUGUCGCAACUGGCAGAAAUGGGCGUUUCAAUCCCUCAGGAGUACCGUGCGGACAUGUCUUUGGUUGGCGAGUGGCAGACACUUUCAGAGACAAAUGUCGCCGCCGAAGGCCUCGAGGGAGCUAGCAAGUCUAUUGGAGUCCGCAAACGCAAACACGAGGGCGAUGAGGAAGAAGGAGAGGUCGACGAGCAUGCUCCCGGGAAGACAACUAGCCUAGGCUGGGGUUCAAAGUUGAGAACAUACCCUGGAGAACAGGAUGGGGAAGACGACGAUCUGGAUGCCUUGCUUUCCUCUAACAAGGAGCUUAAAAAGCCUAAAAUUACAUCUGCCGAUGCUGAGUCCGAAGAGAAAAAGCUGAAACCUCCUGCCCUCGUAAAGCAAGAGGAUGAGGUGUCAGAAUCAGCUGCCCCCGAGGCCGACAAGUCAUCAGAUGCGAAGACCGAAACGCCUGGGGUCGAUUCAGUGGCCCCGAAGGACGAAAGACCACCAGCUGAAGAGGCGACCGGGUUUUCUUUCAAAAAGCGCAAACCUAAGGUCAUGAGAAAAUAA